AUGAGUACUAAAGGCAAAGUUAUCAGGUGCAGAGCAGCCAUACUCUGGAAACCUGGUACACCAUUUUCCAUUGAGGAGAUAGAAGUGGCCCCACCAAAGGCAAAAGAAGUUCGCAUAAAGAUUGUGGCCACAGGGCUAUGUGGUACAGACCUGAAAAUGGUGAACAACGCUCACGUAUCCCCAGUUGUUUUAGGCCAUGAAGGAGCUGGAAUAGUUGAGAGUGUGGGAGAAGGAGUCAGCACGGUGAAAGCAGGUGACAAGGUUAUCACACUCUUUCUACCACAAUGUGGACAAUGUAGCUCUUGCCUAAAUCCUGGGAGCAAUUUUUGUAUAAGAUUGAAGUUUACCUGCAAGGGAAAAUCAGUAUAUCACUUUGCUAACACGAGUACGUUCUCAGAAUACACCGUGAUAAAAGAAAUUGCAAUUGCCAAGAUUGAUGCAGUCGCACCUCUUGAGAAAGUGUGCCUAAUUAGCUGUGGAUUUUCCACUGGGUAUGGUGCUGCAAUCAAUACUGCCAAGGUCACGGCUGGCUCCUCUUGUGUCGUGUUUGGCCUUGGAGGAGUUGGUCUGUCUGUGAUCAUGGGCUGUAAGGCAGCAGGAGCAGCCAGGAUCAUUGGAGUGGAUAUCAACAAGGAAAAAUUUGAGAAGGCAAAGGAAGUGGGAGCCACUGAGUGCUUCAGCCCACUAGACUUUGAGAAACCUGUCCACGAAGUUUUAAUUGAGAUGAUCGGUGCUGGUGCUGAUUUUUGCUUUGAGGUCAUUGGAAAUCCAGACAUUGUGGCAGCUGCCCUUGCCUCCUGCCAUGAGAACCACGGUGUCUGUGUGAUUGUGGGUUUGAUGACUGCUGGUGUCCAGCUCAGUGUCAGUGGCAUGCUGUUCUUCUCAGGGCGCUCCUUGAAGGGAUCUGUGUUUGGAGGAUGGAAGAGCAGAGAUCAUGUUCCUAAACUGGUUUCUGACUUUAUGGCAAAGAAGAUUAACCUAGAUUCACUAAUUACCCAUACUAUGAAAUUUGAUAAGAUCAAUGAAGCAGCUGAAUUAAUGAAAACUGGAAAAUGUAUCCGCUGUGUCCUGAUGUAUUAA